ACCAGGAGAAAUACGAUGCCCGCAUCGGAUAUGCGGGCCCUGCCUCGCCAAGAACAUGAAGCGUUAUGUGUGUAUAGCGACCCCAAUCGACCCCAAUCCCAAGUGAGGGUCUAUCAAGUGAACAAGAAUGACCCCCGACUCUAUUGUCAAUGUGCUGUGCAUCGGAAACAAAAGCAAAAUGUGAAUAACCAUCAUCAACAACAACAACAACAGCAGCAGCAGAGGCGACUUGGGUCGUCCUCGAGUCCAGUACUAAAGCGUCAAACGAGUCUUUUGUCUUUGCUCUCGCUGAAAAGCCUCAAUCGCAAGUCCGUGUCGAGAUGUUCCUCGUUGAAGACGAACGAACCCGAGGAUGCGCCGCCUCAGACCUCAAGAUUUUCGUCUAGUGUGAAGUUGUUGAAGCCCUUCUUGUCUUUAGACUAUUCCAAGAAGCGUUGGGCUGGGUCGUGCGAUACAGGGCUCAAUUGUGACCACAUUGUUCAUUUGCGAGGCUUUCAGAGACGGGGAACGGUCUACCACAACCAAAAUCCUCACCAGCCUUUGAGAACGAGUGCCUCUACAUCCACGUUAUUGAUUGGGAACAACCAUCUUAGUCUACCUCAAGAAAUUGCAACUACCUGCGAUCGAAAACUCGAGGUCGUCUCCAAGAGCGAUAUGAAGGCUCAACAGAAGCCCUCGUUAAGCCUCUCCUCGUCGGUGGACGAUGGUCUCAAUGACGACGAAUCCGAUGAUAUUGACAGUGAAGUGAAACUCCGACCCAAACUUCAGACCUCCUCGAGUAAAUCGGGGCCCAUCGCCAAACGCCAAUGUCGAGUCCUGUUUUCCUACGCACCCGCUCAUGAGGACGAACUGGAAUUGCAAAUGGAUGAAGUCAUCGACUUCUUAGGUGAGGUCGAGGACGGAUGGUGGCGAGGAGCGUUAAACGGAAAAACGGGCGUGUUCCCAUCAAAUUUCGUGGAGAUGGUCAAUUCCCCGGGGACUGGGGAACCCUCGCUCAAAACGCCUCCAGCCGUGGAAAACAUUCUGGAGAGCAAAAACAAAAAGAACGAUCCAAAUCUGAAAGAACCUGCCCGAGUAGACAUUGUCGAGGCCAGUCGAGCCAAGAUAUCCAAUCUGAUACAAGAGGCCGAAUCGAAAGCCAAGCCAGGUCGACUUCCUAUUUCAGCUUUCGAGAACAAACCCAGUAACAGUGCAUCACCUAAAAAGGAAGCUCAGUCUCGACCUUCAUUUGCCUUGGGGCUGGUGGCAUCCUUAGGGGGCGGCAAGACUAACGUGACCCCGGUCUCUGCUGUGAACACCGUUGUCAUCGAGAAUCACAACCUGCUCAAGAAGAGCACUAAACCGGCCUCGAAUGAUCCUGCUCAGCACCCUCUGAAAGGAGCAGAACGUCGUCAAUCUCCCCUUGGGAGAGAAUCCAAUCCUGAUCUCAAGAAUUCGACGUCAUCGACGUCGUCCAACAAUGUCAGCAAUAUCAGUGCCCCCAGACUUCCUCCCAAACCAGUCAAAGAACAGUGUGUCGUCCAGUUUCCGUACACAGCCUUAAAUGAGGAUGAGCUGACCUUGGCCGAAGGGCAGGUUGUCUCGAUCAUCACAAAGGAGGUGGAGGAUAAGGGCUGGUGGAAGGGUGAAUUAGAGGGGAAGGUGGGCGUGUUUCCGGACAAUUUCGUCAAGCUUCUCCCUUCCUCUGGAACGAAUACCACCAAUGGAUCUUUCGAAGAGCUCGGCGUCAAGGCUCCAAAUGCUCUAAAGAAGCCUCAAAGGCCCCCCGGAAGUCCGACCUUGAAGAGCAAUCAGCAGAAAAAGUCAGGAGGAGGGGGAGGGUCAUCCUCCACCCAAAACGCAAGACAAAUGGAGAGAAAGCUCAGUUCCACUUCAUCCUCCAUGGACGAGAAUUCUCGGGGAAGCCGAGAGCAAUUGGACGAGCCCGAUGUGAGCCUGCCCGCCCCUAAGAAAGUGAUUACCUCGUCAGUGCGGGAGCGAUCCAAAAGGCUGUUCAAUACCAGCAAGGAUAACCUGAACUCGGGCCCAGAUUCGUCCAAGAGGAAUUCGUUCGGCAAGGCCAAUCCACCUCCAAGACCGAAACCUCCAUCGGCUUCAGCCAAACCUGUCGCUUCAACGCCAACGGCGCCCGCCACGGUGGCCAAUAUCAAACCCAUUUCCUCUACUUUCAACAAGGUGACUGCGGCUGUGACCUCGAAAUUAGCGGGAUCAGUAGGACACAAAGCCCAAGGCUUGCCGAGCUCCGCUAACCGACAUCAAAGCCUACCUGUGACUGCCCAAGAAACCAUGGGUGUUCUAUUGGACAACGAAUUGGAUUGUGUGGAACGCAAUGAACGAUUGGCCCAUCCGACGGCAGGAAGAGCCAAGGCUCCCAAAAGGCGCCCGCCCUCCUCGAUUUUCGUCAAAGAAGCCAAGGCCAACGAUGACGUCUUCGAAACGAUGAUCGUCCCGGAGACGCCGGACUCUUCGCUAGGCGGCGAUGACUUGUCCGAGAGCUCUUCUAGUAAAGACAAAGAGACCCUAAGUAAAUCCUUGGACAGUGGUUUAAGUGUGGAUUGUCGUGAUCCGUCGCCCACGUCCCAACUCGUCCCUCCUGAUCAAUCUCGGGAAGCCAACAAAAGUCGGCUUUCAUUCAAGUUGGUCAGAAAACAAGUGAAGGAUGUUCUGGGUGGUUUGACCAAUGGGAGUCAUUCCUCAUCCUCUUCAGAUUCGUUGCAAAAGCAGAAGUCCAAUGAGGAUCUCACCAAAGCCAGUCCACCCAAGGAUUCGGUCAAAAUGGCUUCAGCCAAAAAGCAGCCGCCUCCAAAACCACCCGUGUCCGUUUCGGCAACUGUUGUUGUACCUGCGACCGUUCUAACCACGGCCAAUCCGGAAAACAACAAAGGUGAGCGGAUUAUCGCACCCAAAGUCGAGGAGACCGAGAAGCCCUUCUGGUUAGAGGAAUUGAGUCGGAAGCAGGCCAACCGGAAGAGUCUUUUGAAAGAGCAGCAACACAACAAUCACCCAUCCCACCAGAGCAACAAUUCCAGUGGUAUUAACAGUAGCGAGCAUGCGAGCAAUAAAUCAAAAGAAAAUGAGGCUCCCACCGAUACCAACAACCAUGGAGCACCUCUUGUUCCCGAGAACAAGCCCGUUAUUCCCGUUAAGCCCAGUCAGAUCAAGGACGAUGUUUCGAGUCGAAAAUCCAUCUUCUUGUCCAGUGUGAAACGGCCCUCGUCCUUGACCAAUCAUCCCAACCCCGAGCCCAAGUCUUUGGUGACCACCACAACAACCGGCUCGAUAGAUUUAUCCUCGCAAUUAGCACACACACCACCAGCUUCGUCUUCGACGUCUUCCUCCACCACCUGUGGAUCGACCACAUCCGUGACCACAUCUUGUUCAUCCACCACGAGCUCAGUGACUUCCUCGCCGGAGAAAGUGCCCCAAAAUCAUCGCGGUUCUUUAGAAAAGCCGUUGGUUUCUCAUGUCGAAACGAAUCCCAAGGUGGUGUCAAAAGAAUCCAAAGCCGCAGAUAACGACACCCAUCGGCCGUGGACCAAGUCUUCCUCGGUGAAGAUUGAGGACUCGAAGCGCGUCAAAAAGACCAGAGAUUCCGUUGACAAUGGCGUUUUGGCAGCAAAACCUGACUCGGAUUUGGAUGAUCUGGAGAAGUUAGCUUUGAUUGAUAGGGUCCGUCGGCUGGAAGAAGUGGUGAAAAUGAUGGAACUCACGCACAAAUCCGAAAUGUCCAACAUGAUGAGCGAGUUGCAAACGGAGCGUGAAACGCGGUCCAAUUUGGAGAAAGAACUCGAGCGAUUCAUCCGGACAUCAUCCAUUGUUUAAACCCGAGAUUGACGCCGAAGCAUGCAGUGCAAUUGGACUAACCAUACCCGUUAUUCUCUUUUUCGACAUAAUUACUACUUCUUGUACUACCGCUAGAAAGUAUCAUCGAUACUUCUACUACUACUAUUAUUGCUGCUGCUACUAGGUACUACCAACACUACUACUAUUACUACCACUACUAUUACUACUACUACUACUUACCAUUUGUAUGUUCACUAGGUCUAGUCAGGCAAGUGUGCUUGUUGUAUGAGUCUGACUACCAAUUAACCGCUUUUAAGACUAGCUUCAGAUUGUGAUGAUCAAUGAACCAGAUGCAGAUAAUUCUGGGCAAAAAUGAAGAAAAGCUAACAUUACCGCUCUUCGUUCCACUGAUAUCCAUACAUAUAUCAAAUCCAAGCCUUUGGAUGAAAUGUCUCAAAGUAUUUUCCUUGCAUUUCCAAGUUUCAAGUACAUUGAUAUUUUUCCCCCGACUUCGAUCGUCUCUGACGUGCAACCAUUCCAACUAUUACAAUGCCUUUUUCCUAUUUCAUCACGCUAAUUGGGAUCGCAUCUGACUUGUUCAGAUCCAUGAUCACGGUGUGUCUCAUUUUUGUACAUUGAGAUCCUCUCCCAAGGACUUGAAGCGAAAUACAAAUCUAGAGUCACCCAGUGUCCAAACCGUU